AUGAACUGGUCUGAAUUGCAGACACUCCUCAGUGGGGUCAACCAGUACUCCACCGGGUUUGGCCGCAUCUGGCUCGCCAUGGUCUUCAUCUUCCGGAUGAUGGUGUUCGUGGUGGCGGCCCAGCGAGUGUGGGGCGAAGAUAACCUUGUGUGUAACACGGCGCAGCCUGGCUGCAACAACGUGUGCUACGACCACAUCUUCCCCAUCUCCCACAUCCGCCUGUGGGCCCUGCAGCUCAUCUUCAUCACCUGUCCGUCGCUGAUGGUGGUGGGGCACGUCAAGUAUCGCAUGAAGAAGAACAGGGAGUACACUGCCUUCCACAAGGGUGCCCAGCUGUAUGCCAACCCUGGGAAGAAACAUGGGGGGCUGUGGUGGACUUACUUGUUGAGCCUGGUUUUAAAGGCAGGCAUUGACACUGGCUUCCUUUACAUCCUGUACCACAUCUAUGAUGGUUACGACAUGCCUCGCCUGUCCAAGUGCUCCCUGGACCCGUGUCCCAACAUCGUGGACUGCUUCAUAUCACGUCCCACUGAGAAGAAGAUCUUCACCCUCUUCAUGGUGGUCUCCUCUGCCUUCUGUAUCUUAAUGUGUGUCUGUGAGAUGGUUUACCUUAUCUGCAAACGCAUCCGGAAACACAUUAAGAGUGAGGUGCAUAGGCAGAUGUUCGCAGAGAGUCAUGAGAUGGCACCGCUGGCCGCACCCAGGUACUCCAAAACACCCAUCAGAUGA